AUGCUUUUCGGCAGGAAUGUUAUUGGUGAUAAGGAGAUGAGGCUAGGUCUCAGUGCCGCAGGAAGAAUCGUGGGACAAACCACCCCUUGGAGAGCUGGCGAUGCCGGAAGCUGCGGGGAUCCCCCCGCCAAAAUCCACGAGGUGACAUAGGACUCAGGACCCAGGAGCAUGACGCUUGAGGGGCGAGAGGCAGCUGGCCAGCCUCAAGCCACCCUGGCGCCCCCGGCCAAUGGCAGUGGGCCAAGCCAGGAGUUGGAAGGCCAUUGGCCAGAAAUCCCGGAGAGGUCCCCAUGUGUGGCUGGUGUCAUCCCUGUCAUCUACUACAGCAUCCUGCUGGGCUUGGGGCUGCCUGUCAACCUCCUGACCACAGUGGCCUUGGCCCGGCUGGCCGCCAGGACCAGGAAGCCCUCCUACUACUACCUUCUGGCGCUCACAGUCUCGGAUAUCGUCACCCAGGUGGUCAUCGUGUUCGUGGGUUUCCUCCUGCAGGGCGCCGUGCUGGCCCGGGAGGUUCCCCGGGCUGUGGUGCGCACGGCCAACAUCCUGGAGUUUGCUGCCAACCAUGCCUCUGUCUGGAUUGCUGUCCUGCUCACCGUCGACCGGUACAGCGCCCUGUGCCAUCCCCUGCACCACCGGGCCGCCUCAUCCCCAGGCCGGACCCGCCGAGCCAUCGUCGCUGUCCUCGGUGCUGCCCUCCUGACCGGAAUCCCCUUCUACUGGUGGCUGGAUGUGUGGAGGGACGCGGACCCCCCCAGCAUGAUGGAUGAGGCCCUCAAGUGGGCUCACUGUCUCAUCGUCUACUUCAUCCCAUGUGGCGUUUUCCUGGUCACCAACUCGGCCAUCGUCUGCCGGCUGCGGAGGAGGAGCCAGAGUGGGCUGCGGCCCCGGGUGGGCAAGGGUACAGCUAUCCUCCUGGGUGUCACCACGCUCUUCACCCUCCUUUGGGCACCCCGGAUCUUUGUCAUGCUCUACCACCUGUAUGUGGCCCCUGUCCACCGGGACUGGAGGGUCCACCUGGCCUUGGACGUGGCCAACAUGGCGGCCAUGCUCAACACAGCAGUCAACUUCAGCCUCUACUGCUUUGUCAGCAAGACUUUCCGGGCCACCAUCCGAGAGGUCAUCCAUGAUGCCCACCUGCCCUGCAUCCUGGGGUCACAGCCAGAGGGCAUGGUGGUGGAACCUGUGCUAAAGCCCCCGGGAAUUCCCAAAGGGGCAGAAUUGUAGAGGAGGGGCCCAGCCAGGGUGCUCGGGUGUGGCUCAGGGCCAGAUAUACUGCUGCCUUUGUGGUGUGACCACAAAACUGUGACACCCUACUUUGCAACUAGGGGUCGGGGAAAGGCUCCUUCCUGUGAGGGCAGCUCCCCGGGUGCAGGAGGGUACAAUUUUUCCAGCUCUCCCAUUAGCUUCACCAGCAACUCCCACUUCUUGGGACAAGGAGAGGGCUCUGCCAGGCACAGGCUGAUAGUGUCAGCUGCCUUGGCAUUCCUUUGUAAAGGACAUUUCACCUGGCACGUUAUGAAGGCUAGAUUGACAUUGAUUGGAUGAGUGAAUGAAAGGCAAGAUGGAUGGAUGGAUG